GCGGCGGAGGGGCCGGGCGGCCGGUGCCGCUGUCCGAUCUUCGGCGCGGGAAGGUCCCCCCGGGCAGGCGGGGCGCGGAACGCGCGGCCCACGCUGGCCGCCUCGCCGCUCAGGAUGGCCCGGAAGGUCCCCCGGGCGGAGGUGUGCGCCGACUGCAGCGCCCCAGACCCCGGCUGGGCAUCCAUCAACCGUGGCGUGCUGGUUUGCGACGAGUGUUGCAGCGUCCACCGCAGCCUGGGGCGCCACAUAUCCAUCGUCAAGCACCUCCGGCACAGCCCCUGGUCUGCAACACUUCUGCAGAUGGUGCACACUCUUGCCAGCAAUGGUGCCAACUCUAUAUGGGAACACUCGCUCCUUGAUCCGGCGCAAGUCCAGAGCGGGAGGCGCAAGGCGAACCCCCAAGACAAAGUUCACCCUACCAAGUCAGAAUUCAUCCGUGCCAAAUACCAGAUGCUGGCCUUUGUCCACAAACUUCCGUGCCGGGACGACGAUGGAGUGACUGCCAAGGACCUCAGCAAGCAGUUGCAUUCAAGUGUCCGGACAGGAAACCUGGAGACCUGUUUGCGCCUGCUUUCUCUGGGGGCCCAAGCCAACUUCUUCCACCCGGAGAAAGGGACCACUCCCCUGCAUGUGGCGGCCAAAGCCGGGCAGAUCCUUCAGGCCGAGUUGCUCGUGGUCUAUGGAGCCGACCCCGGGGCCCCCGAUGUGAAUGGCCGCACCCCCAUCGACUAUGCCAGGCAGGCGUCCCAGCACGAGCUGGCGGAGAGGCUGGUGGAAUGUCAGUAUGAGCUUACGGACAGGCUGGCCUUCUACCUCUGUGGGCGCAAGCCAGAUCACAAGAAUGGGCAUUACAUCAUUCCGCAGAUGGCAGACAGCCUGGACCUCUCUGAAUUGGCAAAGGCAGCCAAGAAGAAGUUGCAAGCGCUUAGCAACCGUCUCUUUGAAGAGCUGGCCAUGGACGUCUACGAUGAGGUGGACCGUCGGGAAAACGAUGCAGUCUGGCUCACCACGCAGAACCACAGCACCCUGGUGACAGAGCGCAGCGCCGUGCCCUUCCUGCCGGUGAACCCCGAAUACUCCGCGACACGCAAUCAGGGACGGCAGAAGCUUGCCCGUUUUAACGCCCGGGAAUUUGCCACCCUGAUCAUCGAUAUCCUGAGCGAGGCGAAACGCCGGCAGCAGGGCAAAGCCUUGGUCAGCCCUACAGAGACUCUAGACUCCGCUCUGCACGGCCCCAGCGACAUCGACGACCAACACGACUACGACAGCGUCGCCUCAGACGAAGACCCCGACCAGGAGCCCCUGCGAGGUGGCAACGCUGCUCGCAACAACCGGGCCCGGAGCAUGGACUCUUCCGACCUUUCCGAUGGGCCCAUCACGCUGCAGGAGUACCUGGAGGUGAAGAAGGCCCUGGCUGCCUCCGAAGCCAAAGUGCAGCAGCUCAUGAAAGUGAACAACAGCCUGAGUGAUGAACUGCGGAGGCUGCAGAGAGAGAUCCACAAGCUGCAGUCGGAGAACAUGCAGAUCCGCCAGCAGGCGGGACAGGCACACCCGGCGGCACCCCCACAGAGCGAGCGCCCGGAGCACAGCCACGUCGCUUCCCCUGCCGCCGGACCCCAUCGCCGUGACCGCCACGCGUUCUCCAUGUACGAGCCGGGCACUGGCGCACUGAAGCCCUUUGGGCAGCAGCCGGUGGACGACUUGGUGACCCGCCUGCAGCCGUUUCACCCCGGAGAAGUGGACGACGAGGCCAUGUAUUCUGUGCACAAUCCGCCUGGGAUGUACCGGGUCCGGAAGGGGGGCUCUGUCUCGUCGAUGCCUUUUCCUCCCUCUUCUCCGCUCCUGUCGUGCCAACCGGACAGCGGACGUCACAUGUCUGGGAAACUGGACCGCCAUGGCAGUGGUACGGACAGCGACUACGACAAUACGCAGGGAGGGGAUCUGCCGCUCAGCAUGGACGGGAAGCGCUUCUUAGACCUGGGCAAGGAUGACGAUCUGCACCCUGAACCGGAGCCCCUGGAGGGGGACCUGGACCCGGGGCUGCCCAGCACGGAGGACGUCAUCCUCAAGACCGAGCAAGUCACCAAGAACAUCCAGGAGCUGCUCCGAGCCGCCCAGGAGUUCAAGCACGACAGGCUCUCAUUCUCUCUCUCUGACCCUAGCAGCUUCGUCCCCUGUUCGGAGAAAAUCCACACGGCCGUCACGGAGAUGGCGUCGCUUUUCCCCAAGAAGCCAGCCCUGGAGACGGUGCGCAGCUCGUUGCGCCUCCUCAACGCGAGUGCGUACCGGCUGCAGAGCGAGUGCCGCAAAACUGUGCCCCCCGAGCCUGGGGCCCCCGUGGACUACCAGCUCUUGACGCAGCAGGUCAUCCAGUGUGCCUACGACAUUGCCAAGGCAGCCAAGCAACUGGUCACCAUCACAACCCGCGAGAAGAAGCAGUGAAGGGGGGGGGGGCUUCCCUUCCUCGGCCCUGCAGCCGCCUGCAUCAUUUGCCAACCCAACCCAGGCGAAAGGUUGGAAACUUUGCACCCCGGGACUGUAAAUAACCGGGGGAGUGGACUUGGGGCCCCCAGGGAGGACAGGGUGGUGUUGGUGGUGGGCCCUGUGCAGUGAGGAAGCUGUCCUGUAAAUACUCCAACCCACCCCCCACACCCUUAGUGGAGCCUCCCUGGGGGAAUCAAUACCUGAUCCCCGCCUGCUCCUUUCCCCCCUAGUCCCCCCCCUUAUGUAUAGUGCGUAGAACCGUAUGUGUCUCCUCCUCUCCCCCGUCCCCUGUGCGUAUGCACGCAUAUUUUAUAUCUAUAAAAUAUGUGAGUGUGUAUAUAGAUCUCUUGCUAUAGGAACAGCCAACUGUAUUUAUCUCAUGGAAACCCCCCACCCCCAAAUAGUGUUAACACUGGAAUAGCAACGCCCGGGUGCUGCAGCGAUUGGCUGAGCCCCCCCCC